AGAAUGUCUAGCGGAUUGAGAUUUCUUGACUUGGUCAAGCCUUUUACAUCAUUACUUCCAGAAAUUUUAUCUCCAGAGGGAAAAAUUCCAUUUCAGCAAAGAAUGUUAUGGACAAGUGUAAUUCUUUUAAUAUUUUUGGUUAUGUCACAAGUUCCAUUAUAUGGUAUUGCAUCUUCAGAUUCAGCAGAUCCUUUAUUUUGGAUGCGUAUGGUAUUAGCGUCUAACCGUGGUACAUUAAUGGAACUUGGAAUAUCACCAAUUGUAACAUCCGGGAUGUUUAUUCAACUUCUUGCAGGAUCGCAGUUGAUUGAUGUUAAUCUCGAUUUGAAAUCUGAUAGAGAAUUAUUUCAAACGGCGCAAAAACUUCUGGCACUUGUUAUAUCUUUUGGUCAAGCAGCUGUCUUUGUUGCAAGCGGUACCUAUGGUCAACCAAGUGAUUUAGGAGCAGGGAUAUGUUUGCUUCUUGUUAUACAAUUAGUAGCUGCCGCUAUGAUUGUUAUUCUUCUAGAUGAACUUCUUCAAAAGGGAUAUGGUCUUGGGUCUGGUAUUUCCUUAUUUAUUGCAACGAAUAUAUGCGAGAGCAUUAUAUGGAAAAUUUUUAGCCCUGCAACUAUUAACACAGGACGAGGCCCAGAAUUUGAAGGUGCCUUAUUAGCCUUAUUACAUCUCCUUUUUACUUGGAAUAAUAAGACACGUGCUCUUAAAGAGGCCUUUUAUCGUCAGAAUUUGCCAAAUAUCAUGAACCUUUUUGCAACUGUUUUAGUUUUUGCAAUCAUAAUUUAUUUACAGGGAUUUAGAGUUGAAAUACCUAUUAAAUCAAACAAGCUUCGAGGACAACAUGGCACAUAUUCCGUAAAAUUGUUUUAUACUAGUAAUAUUCCGGUUAUGUUAGAAAGUGCUUUAACCUCAAAUAUAUUUAUUGUUUCUCAAAUGUUAUAUCGUAAAUUCCCAGAUAAUAUAUUUGUUAAGCUUUUUGGAACUUGGAAGUCGGUCCCAGGAACAAGUCAAAAUCGUGCAAUUUCCGGUCUUGCAUACAUGAUGACUCCUCCAUUAAAUAUUAAAGAAGCUCUUCUCGAUCCAAUACAUACUACUAUAUACGUUUUAUUUAUUGUUUUUAUAUGUGCUUUAUUUUCCAAAUUAUGGAUUGAAGUAUCAGGAAGUGGACCAAGAGACGUUGCUAAACAGCUCAAAGAACAACAAGUUGUUAUUGCUGGGCAUCGUGAAAAAAGCAUGUACAAAGAAUUAAAGCGUAUCGUUCCUACUGCUGCUUGGCUUUCCGGUGCUUGUAUUGGUGCUCUAUCAAUUUUUUCUGAUCUUUUAGGAACUCUUGGUUCAGGAACUGCAAUACUUUUAUGUACAACAACAAUCUAUAAUUAUUUUGAAACAAUGGUUAAAGAAAAUACAAGCAAUUCUAUGAUCGAUAUAUUCAAUUAAAAUAUUUACUAAUAAACAAUAGCUAUAA